UCUGUCACCCUGUGCAGCCUCGACGGGCCUAUAUAAGGACGGGGUUGCUCGUACUAAGGCACCAUUCGCUCACUAGCGUCUCGUUCCAAAGCAUUCCCUACCCAAAAGCGCACUCGCACCAAGUACGUAGUGCAUCAUCCGCUUCUCCCGCUGCGAGUUCCUAUCGAACGACAGUUCGCGACCACGUGUUCCGACGUGUUCUGACACUUCGACGGAAGAAAACCGGUUCAGUGCACCGUGGUUCGACGGGAGAGGAAGCACACGCAGAACGAGAAAGAAGAAAGAUGGCCGCCACUGGCAUGACCGAGCACGUGCUGUAUGACUUCGAGGUCAACAGCGUUUUCGAGAAUGAGCUCAACGACAAUCUGUACAAUUUGAAGAUGUCAGAGACCAAGCCCAUCAAGAGCAGAAGCAGCAAGAGCAGACGCAUACUGAAGCCACUUAAGCCGUUGAUGCGGAUGCUGAAGAAACGCACCAGCAGAUACACCAGCGGCAGCAAACGACAGGCAGCCGAGCCGCAGGUGGAGACCUUCUGCGAGGAGGUCGAAAAUCAAAACAACGCCAACGAGGCGUUAGAACGUCGACUGCUGCAGGAGUUGGAGGACGCCGAGGAGGGUGCCGCUAUCACAGUCUGCUUGGAUGGCCAGAUGACCGUCGUGCCAGUUGUGCCUGGUCAGUGCUACGUGCCAGUGCAUUUCGCCCACACCCACGCCGGCGACUUCUACUGGACGACUCUGAGCAUGGCCGAUCGGGACCUGUGCUACAAGGAGCGCGCCUUCUCGCAGCACCAGCUACCCGAAGUGCAAGUGGCGUAACACGCUAUCAUCACCACUGUCGAGGACAACCGCAACUACCUCAAGGGCGGAUCAUCCGAGGAGAUUUGACUGCUGAGAGUCGCUGAAUCUCCCUUUACGGAAACCCGCUCGAGUCCUCCGAGUUUGAGGAGGAUGCUGCCAUCAGCCGAGGUGCAAGAAUUAGAUAAGACACUUUGAAAACUGUGAUUGUUAGCUUGUACAUCGUAGAUAUUAGCUUAGUCGUUGACGACUGAUCGUUAAGCUAAGCGGCAUUCCUCUUGUAUAUGUAAUGAAGAUUGAUCCACAAAUGCGAUAAGAAAUUGAUAAGGGGAUUGAUGGAGGCUCGUUAUAUUUUUUUUUUUGGUACAAUGCGAUGAUACAUUUAGUUGCGUUUGUGAUAUUUGUACCUACUAAGUAUACACAUUUAGCAUUACUUUGAGAUUGUGAUAAUCGCUUUAAAGUCAGCAAGCAUCACUGACACUUUCCUACGUCUUCCAAUAUUUGUUUGUUUGAAAUAAAUGUUACUGAUAAACGAAUA